CAACUGUCACACACCAGCCAGCAUGAGCCAGCCUCUCUCUGGAGUUUCAUGUGACCUCCAACAGUCACAGUCGCGUCAUGAGCCAGCCUCUCCCUGAAGCAGCAUGUGACAUCCUGGUAGCCAGCGUGUGGGAGAGAGUUCCCAUUCACCAUGCGAUAACUCUGUAGCUCUACUCCACUGUCACCAAUGAUGCUGUGGCUGCAUGUAUAUAAUGGCAGUAUUUACAAAGAAACCGUAACUGUUCUCACUAGAAGUGGGGUAUCACACCUCCAGCAGCCUCUCACCUCCCACUGUGUCCCUCCAGCAACCUCUCACCUUCCACUGUGUCCCUCCAGCAGCCUCUCACCUCCCCAUGUCCCUUCAGCAGCCUAUCACCUCCCACCAUGUCCCUUCAGCAGCCUAUCACCUCCCACCAUGUCCCUUCAGCAGCCUAUCACCUCCCACCAUGUCCCUUCAGCAGCCUCUCACCUCCCACCUUGUCCCUUCAGCAGCCUAUCACCUCCCACCUUGUCCCUUCAGCAGCCUAUCACCUCCCACCUUGUCCCUUCAGCAGCCUCUCACCUCCCGCAGUGUCCCUCCAGCAGCUUCUCAUCUCCCCAUGUCCCUUCAGCAGCCAAUCACUGUGUCCCUUCAGCAGCCUCUCACUUCCUAACGUGUCCCUCCAGCAGCCUCUACCUCUCCCUGUGUCCCUCUGGCAGCCUCUCACCUCCCCCUGUGUCCCUCCAGCAGCAUCUCAUCUCCCUGUGUCCCUCCAGCAGCUUCUCAUCUCCCUGUGUCCCUCCAGCAGCUUCUCACCUGCCCCUGUGUCCCUCCAGCAGCCUCUCACCUGCCCCUGUGUCCCUCCAGCAGCCUCUCACCUGCCCCUGUGUCCCUCCAGCAGCCUCUCACCUCCCAUGUCCCUCCAGCAGCCUCUCACCUUCCCCUGUGUCCCUCCAGCAGCCUCUCACCUUCCCCUGUGUCCCUCCAGCAUCUUCUCACCUUCCCCUGUGUCCCUCCAGCAGCCUCUCACUUCCCCAUGUCCCUUCAGCAGCCUCUCACCUCCCCAUGUCCCUUCAGCAGCCUAUCACCUCCCACCAUGUCCCUUCAGCAGCCUAUCACCUCCCACCAUGUCCCUUCAGCAGCCUCUCACCUCCCGCAGUGUCCCUCCAGCAGCUUCUCAUCUCCCCAUGUCCCUUCAGCAGCUUCUCAUCUCCCCAUGUCCCUUCAGCAGCCUAUCACCGUGUCCCUUCAGCAGCCUACCACUGUGUCCCUUCAGCAGCCUCUCACUUCCUAACGUGUCCCUCCAGCAGCCUCUACCUCUCCCUGUGUCCCUCUGGCAGCUUCUCAUCUCCCUGUGUCCCUCCAGCAGCUUCUCAUCUGUCACUGUGUCCCUCCAGCAGCCUCUCACCUCCCACCAUGUCCCUCCAGCAGCCUCUCACCUCCCGCAGUGUCCCUCCAGCAGCCUCUCACCUUCCCCUGUGUCCCUCCAGCAGCCUCUCACCUCCCACCAUGUCCCUUCAGCAGCCUCUCACCUCCCCCUGUGUCCCUCCAGCAGCCUCUCACCUUCCCCUGUGUCCCUCCAGCAGCCUAUCACCUCCCACCAUGUCCCUUCAGCAGCCUCUCACCUCCCCCUGUGUCCCUCCAGCAGCCUCUCACCUUCCCCUGUGUCCCUCCAGCAGCCUCUCACCUUCCCCUGUGUCCCUCCAGCAGCCUCUCACCUUCCCCUGUGUCCCUCCAGCAGCCUUUCGCCUCCCCAUGUCCCUCCAGCAGCUUCAAACCUCCCUGUCAGGUCUGGGUUGGUGUCUGUUCCCGGAAGGGGCACUAGUUAGUCAGUGAUGGUGCGGUGGAGGAAACGAGGAGGCUGUAAUAAGUUCCUUCACAUGUGCGCAAAUGGUAUUUAUUGAAGCACACAGAAAUAUAACUAUCACUGGAGCAAUAGCAAAUACAACUGUACUUCAGCGUGGAGGCUGACUGAGUCUUUGGAAAAGCAGUCACAUGCAAUAGGUCGGUUUGGGAAGCAAUAACAACUGGAAGUAAAUGAUGAUCGGCCUGGAAACCGAUGAUAACUUAAACAGAACUUUACACAGAUACUUGGCAAUAUAAAUGAUCGGCCUGGAAACCGAUGGCAAUUGGAAACCGUACUUUGCAGGAGAUGGGAAGUUGUACAGCUCUGACGAGGAGAAGCUGGAAGGGAAGAGCUCGGAUCCAGGCUGUAGUGACCGGGAUGAAGAAGAGAGCACUGGAGAUAGCUCUGAUGAGAAUCUCUUGGAUCACGGCCACAGCCCGAACAGGCCCAGGGUGAAGGGAAAGAGUGGCUCUCAGGAGCAGGUGAGGGAUGGGGCGGGCACGCCAGGGAAAAGCCGGAGACGUAGGACAGCAUUCACCAGUGAGCAGUUACUGGAGCUGGAGAAAGAGUUUCAUUGUAAGAAGUACCUGUCUCUCACCGAGAGGUCCCAGAUUGCUCACAGCCUAAAACUCAGUGAAGUACAGGUGAAAAUCUGGUUUCAGAACCGCAGAGCCAAAUGGAAACGCAUCAAGGCAGGGAAUAUCAGCAGCCGCGCAGGGGAGCCUGUCCGCAACCCGAAAAUUGUGGUGCCCAUCCCAGUGCAUGUCAACCGCUUCACCGUCAGGACACAACAGGUGGAUGGAGCUCGACCAUAGAUGAAGGAGUAGAAGUAGGUUGAUAAGACUCUAAUGGUCAGAGGUGAAAGACAAGAAGAACUGAGAACUUAUGAAUGGACCUUGGAGUCCCCACAUUGCGGACAGUCUGAUGUGAAGGGUGAAGCAUGAACUGUGGCAGAGUGGACAGUAGUGUGAGAUUGGGAAACGCAGGAUGUGAUGUUACUGGUUGUACAGUCUUCAUGUAGGAAUAAUUCUGAGGACACGGACACAUAUCUCUGUCCUGUAAUGUGAUCAUCUGCAACUGGUGUCUGUGUU